CGAUGCCGACUCAGCCAGCGCGGGGGAAACACACUCCUCUCUGCCGCCUUUGCUCCUCCUCCUCCUCCUCCUCCUCCUGCUCCCCUCUCCUCUCCUGUGGAAACUCCUUUUCACCACUUUACUGUGAGACAAGAGCCUUUUUGUGUCGUUGGAAAACAACAUGGCAGACGUUGCCGUCCUAUCCAAGAGAGGAAGCGACAGGAUCGUGAUCGACGAUGACUGGCCGGGCUACAGUGUAGACCUCUUCAGCCAUCCAGCUCACUACUCCGGAGAUUUAGACAGUGUCAUCGUUCCGCAUGGCGUUAUUAUGGACAGGACAGAGCGCCUUGCUCGUAACAUCAUGGACGACCUGGGAGACCACGACAUUGUGGUGCUGUGUGUGCUUAAAGGAGGCUACCAGUUCUGUGCUGACCUGGUGGACAAGAUCAAGGCUCUCAGCCGCAACUCCAGUCGGACAAUCCCCAUGAGGGUCCACUUCAUCCGUCUCAAGAGUUACAUGAACGACCAAUCGACAGAGGAUCUACACAUAGUUGGAGCGGAGGAUUUGACUUUUUUAGCUGGAAAGAACGUACUGAUCGUGGAGGCCAUUGUAGGCACUGGAAAGACGAUGAAAACUCUUCUGAAGCAUGUUGAAGGCUUCAGGCCCAAAAUGAUCAAAGUAGCCGGCUUGCUUGUGAAGAGACUGCCACACAACACAGCAUGCCUCCCUGACUACAUCGGCUUUGAGAUACCCAAUCGUUUUGUGGUUGGCUAUGCUUUAGACUACAAUGAAUAUUUCAGAGACCUCAAUCAUAUCUGCGUGAUCAGCGAAAAUGCGAAGAUGAAAUACAAGAUUUAAAGGAGAGGGCUGCACACACAGAGGCAACUGUCACACAGAUGUCAUCUCACAGCAAGCCUGAGCAUUUUCCUUCAGAUGCCAUGCACUCAAAGUUCAGCUGCUACUGUGAUAUCUGAUCUUAGGCAUGUUUUGUUUUUGAACCCAGUAAAACGUAUCUGAAAAGUUUAACAUGUAAUUGAUUUUAGUAAAUUGAAGGUUUUACAUGGUUUAAAUAUGCAACUUCAUUUUUAAGUUUACUGACUCUCGUGUAAAAUGUUUAACUCUCUCAAACUUUUACUGUGAGCCUGAGUGUGUAAAGAGCUUAAUCUAUAAGAUACUAGGAAUGUGAUGGAUUGUUUUAGGUCAACGUGUGAUGAGGUAAAAGAGGAAUCUUGGUGUUACUUUUUAAAACUAAAGGGAGCAGUUUUUUUUUUGUUUUUAAAUACAUCAUAUUGUCUUCAUCUGUACAUUCCUUUUUUUAAUGUUUCAUUAAGUGCAUUAACUACCUCUUUGUUUGUUACCCAGUAUUAGGUUUAACAUAAAAUAAAGUAUUUUUAACA